AGGCAGAGCUGCGGUCGCUGCAUCGCCGCUGCGCAGCUCUGAUGCACAGAGAUUGAUGGCGAUGCGGGAUCAGGGCGAAAGGAGUAAAGUGAGCGAUAAGCGGCUUUUAGCGGUUUAACCGUGAAGCCCACAUUCAGAUGGCGUCAUCCAGGAACCGCAACCCGGACAGAAAUUGGAGAAACGCGGCCUUAAUGCGGCAACCACAAUACUGAGGCAAAUUCAUGGAGAAAAAUAAAGGAAUCCCUUUAAGAUGACACGUACAGACCCUCCUGAUAUACUGGGAUCAACUGUGCAUCGAGACAUAAAAGUUAUUCCUAUAUCUUCCCACUAUAAGUCAUUGCAGCCCUCUGCACAAUGUGAUUUCACACACUCUACCACACUGGAGGAAAGUAAAAGCAAAAGUAGUAAGAGGCACUGUCGGACCUUUGACUAUAAGUCAUUGGAGUUUCCCAGAUCACACAAGUCCUCCAUGGAGUCUCCAUACAGAAAAGCUGACAGGCAUGCAGCCAACCCAGAUGUGGCCUGGAACGCCCUGGGCCGCCAGCAGAGAUAUCGUUUUUCUGCUCCGGACAUUUUCAGUGAUAAAUUUCCUCCUCAAUCAGUGGCUGCAGAAAGGGUGAGCGAAGUCGUUGUUCCUGAAAACAGAAGAAGGACCAGGUCAAAAAGUGCCUCUCGGGCUCAAACAGGCCUCACUCCUGUGGCUUUUGAAGGAUCCUCAUCAUCAGGAAGGAAAGGAAGAGAGUCCCAAAGAGCUCAGAGAGACUCUCGCUGGAGAGCAGAAGCAUCGCCACACAGGGAUUCAUCUUAUGCAGCAACAAGGACUCACAUGCGUGAUGUACAUCCUAUUAAACUGCAGCCCCAAAUUGGUGACACCAGUAGAUAUUCACCUCACUACACCUCUGAUAAAUGUGAGGAUGGAAGUCUGGAUAAACCAGCAACUAGCCCACAUGUCAGGUGUCGGGUGGACAUCAAGCCUGACGAUGCAGCAUUCCAUCAAUCGGCUCGGAAACAGUCAACAGCUGCAAUGGACAUACCCUGGCAGAGACACCACAGUGCUGGGAGGAGUCUGACUGUGCCACGUCAUUUCUCCUACUCCAGAACACCAACCCCCACCGACUCAAUGGGAGCAGAAAGUAGGCAAGCGUAUCAAUAUUCCCGCAGCAUGCCAAACAAUUACCUGCAACACAUGGAGCUUCCUUUGCAAAGAAUGCCUUCUUCUGGUGAUUAUUAUGGUAGAGAGCAUAGAGCUCACUCCAGCCCUAACGUGCCAACCAAAUUCUUUUAUGCAGAUGAUGCAGCCAGAUACGUCGCUGCUCCUGGUCCAAAACCAGGUCCUUUUUAUCACGAUCAGCGUUAUGUACCAGGCAAAGCAAAUCCCACAAAAGUACAAUAUGUGCAAGAUCCAAGGACACGAAUAGUACAUGCUGUAGCGACUAGACCAUAUUAUUCUGAAAUGGAGCCCUACCCAUAUUCGGUGCAGACAGGGUAUCCCAAACCAUAUGCUGCAAGUGAACCAGGACCAUACAUCAUAAGUACACCCCCCACAAGUAUAUUGUAUCGUGAUGAUCCAAGAACUUAUCAAAUUCAGACAGUACAGCCAAGGUUUUUUUAUUCUAGUGACAUGUAUGCAGUGCCUCCAGAGCACCAUGUCCCAGCAAGGGCAUACUAUACGGAAGGUCGGAGACAUGCUAGAGUCAUUCCACCACAAACCGAUGACUGGUACGGCUCUGAUGCAUCUGGUUAUUCCACCAAUCCAGCGUCAUACGUAUCUCAGAUGACUCCAACUAGAGUCCAACAAGAGCCCGUGCCAAAUCCAUGGUACACCAACCCAUGUGUAGAACCUCAAAAAAUAGGCACUGAUUCCAAAUCUUAUUCAAGGUCUUGGGACAAUAUCCUCAACUCACGUGUAGAAAGAGAACAACCUCUUCCUGUACAGAGAGGUCAGAGCUAUGACGAUCUUCUGGACUCCAGGAAACCUUCCACAGUCACAGGUGACAAACCUCAACCAGUGGUAGUCAAUCUUUCUAGUUCACCAAGACGCUAUGCAGCCUUAUCUGUGUCUGAUAGCUCACUCAUUGACAAAAGCCCAACAGAGAUUUCAAAAAGCCCCUCAAGUAAGCUCCGGUUUGUUACUCCUGAGAUAACGAUCACUGAUAAUGACAUGAGGCCAGGUAAUCUUAACAAGGCUGAAGGACGGUCCGCCAGUUGGGAUAUUCUUGACUCCAGAAACGCUGACGGUUUAGAGCUGCAUGAUUUCAAAAGUUCAACCAAAGAAAAGACACAUGACAAUGCCUCGCUUCAGCAAAGCCUUGAGCAGCUCGACGAACUCCUAGCAGAUCUUGUGACUGACUACAAGCCUCCCAGCAGACGAACAAGUGAGGAGAUUUUGGAUCAGUUAAAGAAGUUAAUUGAUGAAGAAGAAGCGGUAUCUUUGUCCAGAAAAUUCUCGAAGGCCGAUCCGGACGAACCACCACCUCUGGACAAGCAGCCGACUUCAAUCAAAAUGAAUCCUGAUGUUUUUCGUGAGAUGGAUGGGGCAGCUGAUGCAAUGAAAAGCGCAGAGGAGUGCUCUCCAGAUCAGAGCCCAGAUGAGGAUGAUACAAUGAUGUGCUCCAACAACAAGUGCCGUAGAACAGAGACCUUAUUCAAUGCUUGUCUUUACUUUAAGUCAUGCCACAGCUGUUACACCUACUACUGCUCCAGGAACUGUCGUAGAGAGGAUUGGGACAUACAUAAAGAAAGCUGCUUGUAUGGGAGGAUUGGAAGCACGUGCCGCCAUAUUAUAAAACACUGCCGGGAGACUGUUGAAGUCCACAAAGCUUUCUCCCGUAUUGCGAAGGUUGGCUACCUUUCUCGAGGAAGAGGGGUUCUCUUCCUUGGUUUUCCAAACCCUUCUUCAUCCAGUAGCUUCCUGCAGUAUGGCCUGAACAGUUUACCAAUGUCUCCUACAUACCUGUCUCUUCGUGAGCUUGAAAGCUUUAAGGACAACCUGGGUGAGUACUGCAAUGAGCUGCAGGAGGCUGGCAACGAGUAUGACCCCAACGAAUGUUUCAUCUUGAAUGUAUCCAUCGCCGUGGGUGAGCAGCUGCCCGAUGGACCGUCGCCAAGGAAUCAAGCCCCGACAGUUCGAAAAUAUGCAAAAAUUGCAUUGGCUUCCUUUAGUCCAGAGAGGAAGGUUCACAAGAAAGAGAGUGACAUGGAAACACUGAUCCUUACUCCCCCCCCGGGAACCGCAGAUAUCGACAUGGAAGGAGAAGAAGGUCGGAAGGCACGAGAAAUUUGUUUUAUCAACAUACAGCGAGAGCUGAGAAUGCGAGGGGUUUUCCUACGCCAUGAGUACCCAAACGUGUAUCAGCACCUCUGUGAGUUUGUGGAGAGCAACAGAAGGUUCACACCCACCACCAUUUACCCAAUUGAUAAGCGGACUGGUAAACAGUUCAUGUGCAUGAUCAUGGCUGCCUCUGAGCCCAGAACCUUGGACUGGGUGGGCACACCGCAUCUCCUGGAUGACAUCAUUUAAUGACAGAUAUAUGUGUACAGAAAUACAGAAAAGAAAAUGUUGCACAUAGUUCUAUUGGUCCGCCUGUAAACAGUGAUGUAUGAUGCAACAGCAGAUUUUUUAAAAUCAGAAUUGAAUACGUCCAUGGCUGCUAGGUCAGUAUUAUUUAUCAGAAUAUUAAUUAUCAGGUGCAGAAGUCCAGUAUAUUAGGUAUUUAUGUUAAUCCUAAAGAAAAUGCUUUAAGCCCACUCAGUCAUUUUCCUGGUUCUGUACUGUUACUUUCAGUAGGGAUUAUUUUAUCUGACAUGUAGUUUGUUAUUAUCUCCAAAGCUAAGGAUUAUUGUUUUAUUCUGAGCCUUUUUACAUCUGUGAGUACAACAUGGAUAUUUUCAUAUCUAACUUUAUAGGUGUGACAUGCUGGAAAAAUGAAACAUUAUUUUCUUAGCAACACAAAUACUUUCUAUGCAAAGUUAUUUCAUCAAUCAAGAACCACAUUCCUGCAGGUGGAGCAUCUGCUAUAUCAUCUAUGACAUAUAUCUAUUUAUCUAUACAUAGAAAGAUAAUUAUCUAAUACAUCUGUGAAGAAGUUAGAUUUUUGAUGGCACUAUAAAGUCUUAUAACGCUUAAAUGAUGACUAGAAAAAGGAUAUUAGUUGUGCUGCUUGUUGCACAGACUAUAAUAAUCAGAGGAAAGUAAUAUAUGUAUAUAUGAAAGAUCAAUGGACUCUUCUGUCCAAAGGCAGACUAACAGAAGCUCAUAUCAGUUUUUUCUUUAAGUUUAUUUUGCUCUGCAGAAUUAGCAGAGCAAUGCGGUACUUGGAACCCUUGAGAGCGGUCGUCAUGGUGCCAGUUACAGGCGUGGGCCUGAACGCUUCACUUCAAACACUGUGAAUAGUGAAAGUAACGGAAAACGCAACCUGGUCAAACGCCAACAUAUGAUGCAAGUUCUUAGACAGUUUUAUCAGUCGUCUUUAUCGAUAUUUUCAUAAACUAUAGGAGGUUUUUGUCCUUUAAACCAAGUAAGCCAGACGUUGGCUCGGUAGCUGUAUGCUAGGCUUCUACGGUAGGAACAGAAUAAGUUAGCUGUGUAUUCGUGCUGAAUUAGGUUUAUUGUAAGUAUAAUGUCCUUUUUGGUUCAUUAGAGGCAAACAUGAUGGAUGUUUGAUGAAAGCACUCGGCCAUUCAUCUGUUACCCGUGUGUUUGUAGCAUUCUCCGAAUGUCCCACCUUGAAUAUUUGAAAAAUGCUUGAAUUUAUUGUGACUGAAUGCUAAUAUUCCUAAAGGUCUAAAGGCGGUCGGGCUGUCAGCGUCUGAUACAGACCGGCCUUAGCAGAUAUGUCCAUUUGUUAUCCUCAUUCCUUCUCACCGUCCCUCACAAUCUGCAACACAAAGUACGGUGAAAACCUGGAAACCUUUUCUAGAAAAUGUUCUGUAGAAAGUUCCUGAAAAGUCUGACUGCAUGUGAUCUAAUUCCUCUUCCCUAACCGCAAAAAAAAGCUUGAUGAAUGGGCUUGUGAAAAUGAAUACAAUGCUGUGAAAGAUCUGUUUUUAUUAUCUACCAUGUUAAACACAAACAAUAAGAGACCUCACUAGAAGAUCCUGUAAUCUUGUAUUUUUUAUACUUUCAACAUGUGUGUGUGUCAGUUUAUAAACCAUGUCCAAUAAACGGAACAGGAACUGCCUUCUC